GGAGACAGAGCUGCGGCGACCCAACAACUCAGCGGCAAGAAGCAGCCCCUGCGAGGCUGGGAAAGAAGCAAGAACUCUCGGGGCACAGAAGAGAUGGGGAACAAGAUGAAGACAGAGCUGUUCUGUGUACUGCUGCUUUUCGGAGUACUUUUCACACUGCCUGGACAGGGAAUGCACAGCAGGUUCAGAAGAGGAGCCCGGUCCUACAGAGUGACUUGCAGAGAUGAACAAACACAGACAACUUACCAACAUCUUCAGUCGUGGCUUCGUCCCAUGAUCAGAAGCAGUCGGGUGGAAUACUGCCGGUGCAAUGGUGGCUCCAUGCAAUGCCACUCGGUGCCUGUCAGGAGUUGCAGUGAGCCAAGAUGCUUCAAUGGGGGUACGUGUCAGCAGGCCCUGUAUUUCUCCGACUUUGUCUGUCAGUGCCCUGAUGGAUUUGUUGGGAAACGCUGUGACAUAGAUACCAGAGCAGCAUGCUUUCAGGACCAGGGCAUCACCUAUAGGGGCACAUGGAGCUCAGCAGAAAACGGGGCUGAAUGCAUCAACUGGAAUAGCAGUGCUCUGUCCCUGAAGCCCUACAAUGCAAGGAGGCCGGAUGCCAUCAAGCUGGGCCUUGGGAAUCACAAUUACUGCAGAAACCCGGACCGAGACUCAAAGCCCUGGUGCUAUGUCUUUAAGGCAGGGAUGUAUACCUCAGAGUUCUGCAGCACGCCAGCUUGUCCUAAGGGAAAAAGUGAGGACUGUUACGUUGGAAAAGGGUUAACCUAUCGUGGCACCCACAGCCUCACCACAUCUAGGGCCUCCUGCCUCCCAUGGAAUUCCAUACUCCUGAUAGGCAAGAGUUACACAGCAUGGAGGACCAACUCGCAGGCACUUGGUCUGGGAAGACAUAAUUAUUGCCGGAAUCCAGAUGGGGAUGCCAAGCCCUGGUGCCAUGUGAUGAAGGACAGAAAGCUGACAUGGGAGUACUGUGAUGUGUCCCAGUGCUCCACCUGUGGCCUGAGGCAAUACAAACAGCCUCAGUUUCGAAUUAAAGGAGGACUUUUCACAGACAUCACCUCGCACCCUUGGCAGGCUGCCAUCUUCGUCAAGUACAGGAGGUCUCCUGGAGAGAGAUUCCUGUGUGGAGGGGUGCUGAUCAGCCCCUGCUGGGUGCUAUCUGCCGCCCACUGCUUUGUGGAGAGGUUUCCUCCCCAGCAUCUUAAAGUGGUCUUGGGCAGAACAUACAGGGUGGUCCCUGGAGAGGAGGAGCAGACAUUUGAGAUUGAAAAAUAUAUAGUCCAUGAUGAAUUUGAUGACGACACUUACGACAAUGAUAUUGCAUUACUGCAGCUGAGGUCAGAUACCAAACAGUGUGCCCAGGAGAGCAACUCUGUCAACACUGUCUGCCUUCCUGACCCUAACCUGCAGCUUCCUGACUGGACAGAGUGUGAGCUGUCCGGCUAUGGCAAGCAUGAAGAAUCAUCUCCCUUCUUCUCUGAUCGGCUAAAGGAAGCCCAUGUUAGGCUGUACCCAUCAAGCCGCUGUACCACACAGCAUUUGUUUAAUAAAACCAUCACAAACAAUAUGUUGUGUGCAGGUGACACCCGUAGUGGAGGCAACCAAGAUAUCCAUGACGCAUGCCAGGGUGAUUCAGGAGGACCACUGGUGUGUAUGGUCAAUAAACACAUGACCUUGGUUGGCAUCAUCAGCUGGGGCAUUGGCUGUGGGCAGAAGGAUGUCCCUGGGAUAUAUACUAAAGUUACCAAUUACCUAGACUGGAUUCAAGACAACAUGAAGCAAUGACCAAGACAGCCCAGCUCCUUGGAUUCAGAGGAAGGCCUGCCUUCUUCCUCUAUAGAAGGCACACCCAAAAGGCCAAGUGUCCUUUACAAUAUCUUUAUAUACUGCCACUUGGCAGAGGGAUGGAGGGUCUGUAGUAGAGGACAUAGCAUUUAUCUGUGACAGGUACUUCACAAUUUGCAGGUUUUCAGGGAUGAAGAUUUUAGGAUAAAAUCUGCUUGAUGAGAAGAUGGGAAAAUGCCAGCCCUCCCAUAACUCUAGGGUAUAAAAGAGAAGGGUAGAUCAAAGUCCACCCUCCUGGUCUAUCACUUUGUACACUGGACCACAAGACAUAAGAUCAUGCCUCAACAGUAAAAUGGCUUGAUCUUUCAGGAGAGAAAGUUUGCAUUAGGGACAAGAAUGCACAUUUAUAGUUACAAGAGGGGCCUCUAAGUGUUGGCUGUCUAGAUCACAGCCCCAUAAGACCCUUGAAAUCAAAUAUUCUCCACCCCCUUCCUACUCCUCAACUCUUGGGAGUAUUCAUUUGUAUACAGUGUAAAUCUUUUUUUCUUUAUAGACUUUAUAGAUGGUUGGGAGAACUAUGUGAAUUUUAAUAAUUGAUGAAGUAGCAUUAGCAUAUUUAUAUAUUAAUCUAUUUUAGUUUUUGCUUUGUUACCAUAACUCUGUAUUAUACUGUACUUAAAUAAUAAAUCCAGAGGUAUUUUUCACACUUUUCAAA